AUGCCAGCCAGCGAGCAGGACACCAAGGCUGAGUCGAUUGCGGUCGACGCACCGCAGGCUGCAGCCAUCACCUCGCUGCCGGGCAUCGUAGCGACGGAGCCCGAGGCGAAGAGAGCCGAUGAGAGCAGCGGCAACGCGGACAACGGCGGAGACCUGGGCCAGCAAGCCGGCGCGCCCAACGUGUCGGACACCAACCUGGCGGCAGCUGGCGUUGUCGUCGCAGACGCGGCCGUAGCAGCGAAGGAGGCUACACCGCUACAUGCGAACGCGCCCGCAGCUGCAUCUGUCACAGACGCAACCACUCGUCACGAAGCGCCACCAACAACCACGCACGACGCAUCCACACAGCAGCAGCAAGAGCAGCCUAAGCAACAGCAGCAGCAACAGGCUCCUCAACAAGAGCAACCGCCUCAGCAGCAGCAGACUGAGAAGGCUGUCGAAUCGCCGACUACGUCGAACCUGGCUCCAGCAGAGACGGCGAAGGCCUCGGCCGAGGCCACCGCGGCGGCGGCGGCCGCUGGCGAGAAGAAAGACGCAGCCAAGGACAAGGCAGGCAGCCGGGAGCCCACGCUGAUGGACUCCUACACUGAGCUGUUCAACUACGCCUCGCUCGAGUGCGGCGCCAAGCUGCUCGCCGCCAACGAAGACGCCCAGGGUGCGUCCAAUGUGUUGUCCGAGUCGCGCGAGCGCUACACGAUGAGUCCGUGCGGGUCCGAGCGGUGGCUGGUGAUCGAACUCUGCGAAGAGGUUGGCCUCACCGCGUUCGAGGUCGCCAACUUCGAGUACUUCUCCUCCACGUUCAAGGACAUCCAAUUGUUCGGGUCGCACUCGUGGCCGUCGGCGACGUGGGUGCACAUCGGCAACUUCACCGCGCAGAACGCGAAGAAGAUCCAGCACUUCUCCCUGCCCGAGACGGUCUGGUUCAAGUACGUCAAGGUGGUGUUCCUCACGCACUACGGCUCGCAGUACUACUGCCCAGUGAGCGUGGUGCGCAUUCACGGCACCUCGCACGUGGCCAACCUCAAGGAGAAGAUGAUCUCCAACUCCAAGGAGAUCGGCCAGCGCAUCAACGAGAUCAAGAGCAAGCACAAGCCCAAGGACCCCAACAAGGACGCGUCUGUCCCCGCCUCGCCGACGACGCACCCGGUGGUCAUCAACGACGACGCGACGGUGCCGAAGAAGGACACGACGCUGCCCAAGGAGGUGGCCGACCUGGCCCAAGCCGGCAACCACGCCGCCGCCGCGG